UUCCUUUUGAUGAAGAUGAGAAAGAUAAAUCAGUAUGGUUUCUUGACCACGAUUACUUAGAAAAUAAAUACCACAUGUUCAAAAAGGUAAAUGCACGAGAAAAAAUUGUUGGUUGGUAUCACACCGGACCCAAGUUAUACCAAAAUGACAUUGCCAUUAAUGAUUUGGUACGACGUUACUGCAGCAAUUCUGUCCUUGUCAUAAUUGAUGCUCAUGCUUCAAAUAUUGGACUCCCAACAGAGGCUUACUACAGUGUUGAAGAAGUUCAUGAUGAUGGCACACCUACCACCAAAACAUUUGAACAUGUUUCCAGUGAGAUUGGAGCUGAAGAAGCAGAGGAAGUGGGUGUAGAACAUCUUCUCCGUGACAUUAAGGAUACAGUAGUUGGAUCUUUGGGGCAGCGAAUUACAACGCAGUUGUUGGGUUUGAGAGGCCUACACAAACAGUUGAGUGAAGUUGCUAAUUAUUUGAAGCAGGUGGUUGAUGGCACAUUACCAGUUAAUCACACGAUAGUUUAUCACCUUCAGGAUAUGUUCAACUUGUUACCGGAUGUAACUGACACUGGAUUAGUGAAAUCUCUUUAUGUAAAAACCAAUGACCAGAUGCUGGUAGUUUACUUGGCUUCUCUCAUUCGAUCUGUCAUUGCUCUCCACAACCUUAUCAAUAACAAGCUAGCCAACACUGAUGCAGAAAAGAAAGAAGGCAAAGACAGUAAAGAUAGUAAAGACAAGGAUAAAGAGAAGAAAGAGAGUGACAAGGAAAAGAAGGACGAGUCAAAAGACGAUAAGAAGAGUGAAGACAAGAAAUAGUUAUAGUAGUAAUAUCUGAGUUUUGUGAUUAGUUUAAUUAAGGACUCUCUGCUUUAUUGCUUGGAGUUGAGGAAAGUUAUUAUUAAAAUGUAAGUGGGAAUAUGCAUCUAACAUUUGUUUAGGUGCGUCAUUACUAAAAUCUUAUUUAAGUCUAGUUCUCUCUGUACUAUUGUUUUCCAAAAAAUAAAGAAAAUUAAUAUUUAA